CGAUAUUUUUACGCCAGCUGUUGCGGUCCAUCUCUAGCAGCGUGGGAGGCGCGACAUAACAUGCACAGGUAUUUGCUGCACAUUUCGUACAUUGGCACGACUUUUCGUGGUAUCCAGAAGACGGUGAACAAGUUGGAGCAGUCGCGCCUGGACACCAACUCGAUUCAAGGCUGCUUGGAGCUCGCGCUGCGAGUUUUUCAUCCCACCAACGAGAUACAGACCGUUCUUUCCAGUCGAACAGACGCCGGAGUCCACGCCCUGCACUCGACGGUGCACGUCGACUUGGAGCGGCCUAAUGGAAAGCCCUACGACACCACCACUUUAGUGGGGGUCCUCAACCGGACCCUCGACAAGCAGCGUCUUCCUAUCCGUGUGCUCGGCAGCCAGUUGGUGGCCGACACCUUCCACUGUCGCUACCACGCCACCGGACGCACCUACCUGUACCGCUUUGCCGUGGCCAAGGAUCCGCCCGCGGGAGACGGCGAGAAUCUGCGGAACAGGUCCUACGAGGCGUUCGUACCCGUGGAGGAAAUCGAUCGCUGCUACUUUCUGCAGUCGCACAGCUUUGAUAUCGAGCGGGUUCGAGCGGCGGCUCGCACGUUCAUUGGCCUCCACGACUUUCGCACUUUUAUGAGCGUCAGCCGACAGAAAGGCCCCAGUCGGGAUCACCCCAUGUUCACAGUGCGCAAAAUCGACGAGAUUAACAUACGACCAGGCAAAACCCUCGCUCUGGCCACGAACGCCACUCGGGCGGCUGAGACCUACGACUUUUGGGACAUCGAGAUCAAGGCCAAGUCGUUUCUGUACAAGCAAGUGAGGCGCAUUGUCGGCGCCUUGAUUGCCCUGGGCAACGGGCGCAUCGACGAAAGGUCGAUCUACCAGAUGCUCACCAUUCCCUCCAAGCAUUCCUGGGAUCACCGCGUGGAACUGGCGCCGGCCUGCGGGCUCUACCUGUGCCGAGUGCAUUACCGAAGUGAAACAAACUAA